AUGGAAUAUAUCAAAGUUGCAAAGGUCGAUGAUGUUAUCAUGCACAAAAAAGGCACGUCCGCUUGUGGUGUUUUACAUUUAACAACUCACCACCUCAUUUUCACGUCAAAGCUAUUUUCCCGAGAAUUUUGGUUCGCAUAUCCCACAAUCAGCGCUGUUUUCAAAAACAGAGGGAGCGCUUUAAUCUCUAAAUUCAAAGAUCAUACCGAGUGCCAGGAUCCCUUAUACUACGGCAAAGACAUAUGGCUGUUCUGGAAUAUCAAAAUCAUUGGUAAGGAUUUUACAGUGUUCUCCCUGGAUUUCGAAGAGGAACAUGUGGCGCAGGACGUUUACGAUUCUAUCCUCAAACUCACGGUCCUUCAUGAAGAACAACAACUUUACGCAUUCAUAUACACUCCAAAUAAGGCAGAAGCAUGUCUUAAUAGUUGGGAUAUUUAUGAUCCGCUAAAGGAGUUUCAUCGCCAGGGGCUAGCUCUGAACAAUGACUGCCCAUGGAGGAUAUCAAGAAUCAAUGAAAAUUUCACUUUUUGCAAAACGUAUCCUCGCUUACUGGUUGUACCAAAAUCUACAUCUGACACCCUAAUCACACACUCGACCAAAUACAGGUCUCAGAAUCGCAUUCCUGUACUAACAUAUUACCACAAGAAAACUCAUUCUUCGAUCACAAGAUGCGCACAACCGUUACCAGGGUUGAUUCAACAGCGGUCCAUACAGGAUGAAAAGCUUGUGAACGAGAUUUUCAACUGCUCAUUACAAUCCCAUAGUCAAAUUCCCGAGACGGUCAAGAAUAUUAUAGUAGACGCUAGGCCAACGACUAACGCCAUGGCUCAAACUGCCUUAGGGGGCGGGACUGAAAACAUGGAUAACUACAACUUUAGUGGGACGGUAAACCGAAUGUUUCUAGGAAUCGACAACAUCCAUGUCAUGAGGGACUUACUUAAUAAUGUGGUAGAUCACUAUCUGGUAGAUGGUGACUUAAACCUACCUUUCGAUGCUCACGCGUUAAAUGAGGGCAAGUCUGCGCAGUGGUUGAAAUAUAUCAAAAUGCUUCUCUCUUCAACGGAGACGUUGACAAAAUCUAUUUUAUUCAACAGGUCUAAUGUACUCAUCCAUUGUUCUGAUGGCUGGGACAGAACUACGCAAGUCAGCUCACUGAUACAGAUAUGUCUGGAUCCCCAUUUCAGAACUUUCGAGGGAUUCAUGAUAUUGAUUGAAAAAGACUGGCUCUCUUUCGGCCACCGUUUUGCGGAAAGGACUGGCCACUUGAAUUCAGAAGGUUCCUUUCACGAUAAUUCUACUAGAAUGAGUAUCUCAGGAGCCGCAACAAAUAUGACCCAAGGCAUGGAUUUGAACUCUUCUAUCUUCGGGUUUUCGAACAGCACCUACGCCAGUACAAAUGACAAACCAGAUACGUCGACCGGGGAAUUAGCCGAUCUCCAUUUUUCAUCACAUUUGCAUUCUUCGGACUUUGUAAACAAGGUAUCUAAAAGAUUGGUAACCAAAAAAAAAGCCUCAAAAUUCACAUCUCCCGUUUUCCAACAAUUCCUAGACUGCGUGUAUCAACUGCAUAGGCAAAACCCUACGAAGUUUGAAUUCAAUGAGCGCUUUUUGAGACGAUUAGUAUACCACCUGUAUUCCUGCCAGUAUGGGACAUUCCUUUUCAACUCUGAAAUGGAGCGUCUCUCGCACGGCGCUCAACAAAGCACGAGAAGCGUGUGGGACUAUUUUAGAUCGCGGAAGGGCGAGUUCACGAACCCAUGUUACAAAACGUUGGACAUCAGCGAAGAUGAUUGGAUAUUGCCUGAUCUGAAGAACAUAAAGUGGUGGUGGCAGCUAUUUGGCAAGAGGGACGACGAAAUGAAUACUGCGUUUUCCUCAUCAACAGAGCGUCCUUGCUCGGCGGAGGAGAAUAAAAGAGCUGGUCUCAAAUUCCCGUCAUUAAACCUCGAUAUUUUUGGAAGGAGAUGA